UUUAUGACACGCCAUAAGUAUAUAUUGAAUGCGACUAAUACCCUCUUCUAGACACGUAUCCGAGAAGAACGGAAAGUCGCGUAUCUGUAGUUUUGAGUACGCAUCGCAUCAUGGAACUGAUGUCUUGCCAACAGCAACUGUCGUCCCUUUUUCACGAGUCGUGCUUCGUGUCGAUUUGGGGGAGAAUCGAUCCGUUUCCGUAGAGAGAAGCUGGAUUCUUGGGGCCAGCAUAAAACCUGGAGCGCAUGAUGCCAGUCCACCAUCGAAAUUUUGGAUCCUGUCAUUCGCACCGUGACAACCAUGGGUGUUGCGGAUUUUUCAUGCCUCACACUAUGGUCUCUACUUCUUGGCAUUAUGACCCAUGGAAUAGUUGCGUUCAAUAUGUUAUCUAACGACAAUAUACAAAUCUUCAAAUGUAACAGCUACUGGGGCCAGAAUUCAUACGGAGCCAUCAAUCCCGAUAAAACAGCUCACUGGCAGAAGACACUUUCAUACUACUGCAUGGACAAUGUCAUUGACACCUUUCCAAUUGCCUUCCUUGUCGAUAGCUAUGCGGGGGGUAAUCUCCCGUCGAUUGACUUAGCGAAUAUCUGCAACUCAGGCAAUGCUAACUAUUUUCCAGGCACUGACUUGCUAGAUUGCUCUUUUCUUGCCUCGGACAUCCAAAUGUGCCAGUCCGCGGGAAAGGCAGUCACCAUCUCGCUUGGUGGUGGAACAGGAAAUAUCCAGUUUCAAAACGACUCUCAGGCCGCUGCUUACGCGCAAACAAUAUGGAAUCUUUUCCUAGGUGGAAAGAGCAAGACACGUCCCUUUGGAUCUGCGAUUCUUGAUGGAAUUGACAUGGACAUCGAGGGUGGCUCGCAAACAGGCUAUGUCUCCUUUUUGACUGCGCUUCGGAAACAUAUGAAUCGAGGCAAGAAGAAAUAUUAUAUCACUGCUGCACCUCAGUGUCCUUACCCAGACGCAUACAUCGGAAAUACGCUCAACGUAGUGGAAUUCGAUGCAGUAGUAUACAACAACUAUUGCAAUCUACGGCAUUACAACAAUCGUAAGGACUGGGACUUUGCUACUUGGGACGAUUGGGCAAACAGCGUCUCACCCAAUCGUGACGUCAAGGUUUACAUUGGCGCUCCCGCGUCAUCUGGUGCAGGAUCUGGCUAUGUUAGCCCCAAGAGAAUUACGUCAAUAAUUCAGCAGACUCAGUCCAAUUACUCUUCCUUUGGAGGGGUCAUGUUAUGGGAUGUAUCAGACGCGUACGCCAAUCAUCGCUACGACAGAGCAGUCAAACAAGCUUUGAGAUCUGACGUGGAUCUGCUCAACAAACGAAGCCGCGCUCAAUACCUAUCAGAAACGCACGAUAUCACCCAUGACGAGGACUGAUAGUUAUUCGUACUUGACUACAUACCUCCCCCUCCCCCCAUCGCCAGGGGUACCACGUCCUAUAUGAAAUUGUUUGUUUCCGUAUGUGAAUAUAAGUUGUAAAUCUCUCCCUGACUGUGCUCU